UCACACUCCACUCUCCUCAACCAAAAGAUGAGUGUUCUAGCUCUCUCAAACUCCUUACCCACACUUCCACCAUCACCAUCCCAAUCCCAAUCCCAAUCCCAAUCCGAAACUCCAAAGCCUCUAUCACCACUCCUCUCCAAUUUCACCACCACCAUCCACAACAACUCAAUCAGUUGGACCAAGAAAACCAUAAUCACAGCUCUCUCCGGCGCUCUCUCCUUCGGACUCGUCUUCUCUCCGCCAUGCUCUGUUGCACUGGAAUCUCCCACCAUCCAAUCACCACCAUCUCCUUCUUCCGAGUACUGCCGCGAAGACGAGCAAGUAUUGAAGGCCGAGUCUGGUCCAGAACUGGUGACCAAUGCCGGAAUUGUUGAAGAAGCUUGGGAAAUCGUCAAUGACAGCUUUCUCGACACCGGUCGCCAUCGCUGGUCUCCCCAAACAUGGCAGGAAAAGAAGGAAGAUAUUAUGAGCACUUCAAUUCCGACGAGAGCAAAGGCUCAUGAUAUUAUCAGAAGAAUGUUGGCAAGCUUGGGCGAUCCGUAUACGCGUUUUCUUGAACCAGAAGAGUUCUCCAAGAUGGCAAGGUAUGACAUGAGUGGUAUUGGACUGAACCUUAGGGAAGUUCCAGAAGACAAUGGGGGUGUAAAACUGAAGGUACUAGGUCUCUUGUUGGAUGGUCCUGCACAUUCUGCUGGUGUUAGACAGGGGGAUGAAGUGUUAGCUGUUAAUGGAGUAGAUGUGAGAGGGAAAUCAGCAUUUGAAGUAUCAUCUUUGUUACAAGGCCCUAAUGAAACAUUUGUCACUGUAAAGGUCAAGCAUGGUAACUGUGGGCCUAUUCAAUCUAUCGAAGUGCAGAGACAACUUGUUGCUCGAACCCCUGUUGUUUAUCGUUUGGAGCAAAUUGACAAUGGCUCUGCUUCUGUUGGGUACAUGCGCCUAAAAGAGUUCAAUGCGUUGGCUAGAAAAGACUUGGUGAUUGCAAUGAAACGACUUCAGGAUAUGGGAGCCUCAUCUUUCGUUCUAGAUCUUAGAGAUAACCUUGGUGGAUUAGUACAGGCUGGAAUUGAAAUUGCCAAACUCUUCCUAAAUGAAGGGGAGACGGUGAUAUAUACUGUUGGAAGGGAUCUGCAGUACCAAAACACCGUUGUUGCAGAUACUGCACCAUUGGUUACAGCUCCUGUUGUUGUUUUGGUGAACAACAAAACUGCUAGUGCAAGUGAAAUUGUUGCUUCUUCGCUGCAUGACAAGAGAGCGGGUAAAGGCAAGGGUUUGAUUCAAUCUGUAUUUGAACUUCUUGAUGGAUCUGGUGUGGUUGUAACUGUUGGGAAGUACGUCACACCAAACCACAGGGACAUAAAUGGCAAUGGAAUAGAGCCUGAUUAUCGAAAUCUCCCAGCUUGGAGUGAUGUUACGCAGCACCUUUCUCAGUGCAGUAAGCUGCAAGGAUGAAGCAAAGGUUAUGGUCUUUCUAUUUAAGUUCUAGAUUUGAUUUCUUAGACAUUGCUUUUACCUUUAGUUGGAUAACCUAAUAUGGGCACAUUUGGUUGAUGCUGCCUUAUAUUUCUUGAAAAUGUGUCUCUAAAGGUGUAGUUGUAUAAUUUGCUUAACUUGCCCAAUGGCUCUUGUGCUUUAUAACUUGUGUCUACAUCCUUGCAAUGAAAGUGUAAUUGUUUUGAGAGGCGGCAAUAGAUUUUUGGAUUUGAGAGUUGAUUGAAUUAUUACUUGUAAAAAAUGGUUACAAGUUACAACCCAACUUUGUUCUUAUCGUACA